ACAACGCUUUGUCAGUACAUUCCAUGUGUACCACAUCAUAUGAUUGUUGUCGCUUAUCAAUAUGAUUACCCUCUACUGUCUAUAGUGUCAUGUCCAGCUUCGAAGGCUCAAAAUCAUCAUGGUUUAUGCGCGUCUCUGGAGAGGGUUAUGGCGAUAAUAAGCGGAGACAGCAAUAUCGGAUUCUGGACCGAGAACAGGAGCUAGACACAUACCUGCUGGCGCCUCAUGGACACGAGAUCGUCUUCAAUUCACAAAAGGGGAAGCCGCUCGCCGCUCACCAGAUUAGCGCACCCUCCAAAUCCUUCCCGACUUGCUUCGCCAGGGCCGUCAUUGGACUGCAAUCCAGAUGCACACGGCCCUUCUGCGAGAACUUGAUCGGAGGAGGCGAUCUAACAGAGGCAUUGAGAACCAAGGUUCUGGAUGUGCUUUCACCAUCGAUGUUCCGGUUCGAGAAAGCGGAUCCCAGUAUUGUUCAUGCACCAUCUGCAGAAAACGUCGCGGUGGUAUCCAAUGAUAACCUGGCAGUCGUGGAGGGAGAGUCUGCACCCAGGUCCAAAAUCGAGGUGGCUCUACUUGGUCGCUAUGGCAACACCAGCAUUCCUAACGCCAAUAUGCUUGAGGUAUCUCUGCUGGCCAGAGGCUUUGCUGUCAAGACCAUCCAUCUCGAUUAUCCCUCGGAGAUCAGUUUGGCUCAGGCGGCACAGCUUUUCAGGAACGAGACCAUCCUUGUCGCUCCACAGGGCGAUGCAUUGGGCUACUCCACAUUGAUGGCACCUGGCACAGUUGUGGUAUCGAUUCUGCCACGCUUUACAAGGUCCAGCAAGAUUUACACUGAUCGCAUGAUGGCAUUCGGAAAGCGGUUUUUCGCCUGGGAUUGUCAGGAUGAGACCUGUGUCCAGCCGGACCGAGACUUGGCGCAUGAGUGCAUCGAGGCGAUACAGGACUCGUAUAAGCAGGAGCAGGGUAUUAGCGCGCAAGACUUUGAGGAGUUUGCGAAUAUGAGGCAGGAUUUCCGACAGCGUUCCGAGGCCUGGAAGGCGAUUGCGAACUGUUAUACGAGAGAUGUCAGUCGGAGGCUUAAUGUCGAAGAGCUGACGACCCUGAUUGAAGGGCUCGCCAAGGAUUUCACAUUUGGAAUGGCUGGAAACGAAGGAAAGAAGUUGGGGGAUGAGCCUAUGUUAAUGCGCCGUGCCGGUCCAGAGGAUGAUCUAAUGGAGGGUGAUGUGGAAGAAGGAGAAGGAGAAGGAGAGGAAGAGGAAGAUCCAGCCGCAGGCGGUGACAACACGGAUGUGCUCGAGGAUGACGGUCAGACAGAAGAUCAAGAGGAAGGAGACGUCCGGAUACAGGAUGACCAGGAAGCACCUUUAGAGGAGAGUGAGACUUCUGAGGAAGGAGAAGAAGAAGAAGGAAGUGGGCAGGAUAUCAACAUGCACGAGUACGAUGAGCAGGAGGGCCCCGCGCCGGAUGCAAAGGAGGAAGAGCAUCAUAAGGCGCCAAAUACUCCUGCGACUCCCUCACCAUCAACCAAGUCAGAUGAGCCAUCGCCAGCACCGGCACCGAACACGCCAAAGACAAAGCCAGAAUCAUCAUACUACGAAAUGAAGUACCGGCGUGCGGAGCCGCUGUUCGGAUUCGCAGAGUUUUGCAGGCGGGGUCGCUGCUGCGGGUCGGGCAAGAUUUCCGGAGAUGAGGCUAGCCAUGCGGGAGGCAAGAGUCUCACGCCUUGUGGGCACAGCAUGUCGAGGAUUGUGUUCGGGGCCAAGGGCGCGUGGGGACUGACGGAUAAGGUUGUGUCGGAACAGGAGGCCCAGAGUCUGGUGUGGGAGGUCGAUCUGGGCCGCCGGUCGUAGGGGAGGGACAUCGUCUUGUUACUCUUGUUUUGCUUCCCAUAAACGCUCGUACCAUUGCAUUUGAGAUGUUGACGCUGGAUAUUGUGUGCUCAUGGACGUUACGCUUGAUUUGGUCAUAAUCGUCAUUGACAAGCAUCUCUCUGUUGUUGGUCUUUGUCUCUGUCAAGUCAACAUGAAUCCGUGUGUAUGUAUCUAU